ACCUUAAAACAUAUAGAGACACUGUGGAUUGUUGCCACGUCGCUUAUUAAUAUCAGAAACGCCGUCUGAUGUUAGCACAGCUAUCAGAUACGGCGUGAAAUCUCGAUCGACGAGAAACGCCGGUGGUCGCUUCUCCGUCGCAGAGGGAGCCGUUUAAAGGCAUGGAGAGAAGGAAGGAUAAGCGAAUUAGUUCAGAGGAUCCCGAUGAGUCAGAUCGGGUAAGAUCUGUCAAGGAACGUAAGACGAGGAAGAAAGACAAGGAUCCUGUGAGCAUAGGUUCUUCGAAUUCAGGCCGAACCGGAAGAGGAAGAAGAGGAAAGAAAUUCGAUGGUGGAGAGGUUUCGAAGCGAUCUACUACUACUCAAAGAGACGAGGUUAACUCUGAUGGGACCAGAACCUAUGUGGGUUUGACUUGUCAUCAUUGUAAGAACUUGACGAGUAAGAUUGAUCUUAUCUUCUGUUCAAAGUGUAAGAAGAAGUGCUAUUGCUAUGAGUGCAUCAAGAGAUGGUAUCCAGAGAGAACGAGUGAUGAAGUUAGAGCUUUAUGUCCGUUCUGUAAGGGGAAUUGCAAUUGCAGAGCUUGUUUGCGUCUCCCUUUGGCUGUGAAGCUACAAAGUAAAAAAGACGCCAAUGUCAAGCUCAAGCAGUUGCAGUACCUAUUAGUUAAAGUUCUUCCAGUUCUUAGGGAUAUCUAUGCAGAGCAGAACCGUGAACUAGAGGUUGAAACAACAAUUAGAGGAGUCCCCGUGACAGAAUCUGAUAUUACUUGGUGCAAACUUGACCCCAGUGAACGCAUAUACUGUGACCUCUGCAGCACAUCCAUUGCCAAUUUUUACAGAAGCUGUCCAAACCCAGAUUGUUCAUGCGAUAUAUGUCUCUCGUGCUGCAAUGAGUUAAGAGAUGGCUUCCACGAUCAAGAGAAAAAUGGGAAAAGAAAUGCAGGUCAAGGAAAAGAUUGCAAAGCCAAUGUCCCUUUGGAUUUCUCUAAUUGGAAGCUUAACUCAAACGGUAGCAUUCCAUGCCCUCCAAAAGAGUGUGGUGGUUGUGGUACUUCAACACUGGAGUUGAGACGCUUGUCCGAAUGCGAUUGGGUUGAAAAACUGAUAACGGUUGCAGAGGAAGUUACUCUGCAGUUUAGGCCACCAGAUGUAGAUAUUGCUCAUGAAUGUUCCUCAUGCAUUGCCAAUUCUGAUCACAUUAGAAGGCAGGCAGCGUUUAGGAAGAAUGCUCAUGAUAACUUCUUGUACUCCCCAAAUGCUGUUGAUCUGGCUGAAGAAGAUAUUGCUCAUUUUCAGUCCCAUUGGCUGAGGGCGGAACCUGUUAUUGUCAGAAAUGUACUUGAGAAGACAUCUGGACUAAGUUGGGAACCAAUGGUUAUGUGGAGAGCUUGUAGGGAAAUUGAUCCAAAGGUUGGAUGUAAAGAAGAGGCGAAAACUGUGAAAGCUUUGGAUUGUUUGGACUGGAACGAGGUUGAAAUCAAUAUUCACCAGUUUUUUAAAGGCUACUUAGAAGGCCGCAUGCAUAACAGUGGUUGGCCAGAAAUGUUGAAAUUGAAGGAUUGGCCUCCAUCAACUCUAUUCGAAAAGCGCCUUCCAAGGCAUAAUGCUGAGUUUAUUGCUGCAUUGCCUUUCUUUGAUUACACUGACCCAAAGUCUGGUAUCCUAAAUCUCGUAACAAGACUUCCAAAAGAAUUCCUGAAGCCAGAUCUUGGACCCAAGACAUACAUUGCAUACGGUUUCCCUGAAGAGCUUCAUAGAGGAGAUUCUGUGACAAAGCUACAUUGUGAUAUUUCUGAUGCGGUCAAUGUGCUGACACACACAGCUAAAGUGGAAAUAUCUUCCCGCCAAUACCAAAGUAUAAAAGUAGAACGGAAAAAACAUGCAGAAGCCAAGUUGACUAAACAGUACGGUGGCCAACGAACAGAAGCCAGCGAACUUGAAAACAAGUCACUGAAAGAAGUGGAUGGGAAAGCUUUAAAGGAAUGCAGUGGUACUUUGGGAGAACAGGUUUUAAAGGACAAGGCAGCUAACGAAGAACUAUCAAAUAGCAGCUCGAGACCGCCCGGCUCACAAGAAGUUGAUGAAUUGUGUGUUUCAAAAGAUGACUUUACUAACACUGGAAGAGCUGACCCUAUGGAAGAGUCUUCUAGUUCAUAUUCUUGCACUACUGCUAUGGAGUCAGGUCAUGAUCCAAAGGUGGAUGCGAGUUUAAUCCCCCAGAAGAAUGUGUCGCCGACUAACGAAUCAAUUGCUGAGGAGAAUCAUAAUGAUAUCUGUUUGAAGACAGAGACAUUAUCUCCAAACAAAAGCGAAGAUGAUUCCUCGGUGGAGAAUGGACUGAUGAUGCCAACACUUCCUUCAAUUGCUGAGGAGAAUCAUAAUGAUAUCUGUUUGAAGACAGAGAGAUUAUCUCCAAACAAAAGCGAAGAUGAUUCCUCGGUGGAGAAUGGACUGAUGAUGCCAACACUUCCUUCAAUUGCUGAGGAGAAUCAUAAUGACAUCUGUUUAAAGACAGAGAGAUUAUCUCCAAAUUACCAAAGAGAAGAUGAUCCGUCGGUGGAGAAUGGGCUAAUGAUGCCAACAAUUCCUUCAACUCCUCCUCCGUGUGACAAAGAGGAUAGUCUCCCACAGCCAACUGCGAUAUCCAUACCAGAGGAGAAACUAGAAACUCCGAAGGAAACUGAUAUGCAUGGUGGUGCCAUCUGGGACAUCUUUCGAAGAGAGGAUGUUCCAAAACUUAUUGAGUAUUUGAAAAGGCACAAGCAUGAGUUUCGUCACAUCAAUAACCAACCUGUGAAUUCUGUUGUUCACCCGAUUCAUGACCAGACUUUGUUCUUGAAUGAAAGCCAGAAGAAACAGCUGAAGGAGGAAUUCGAUAUAGAACCAUGGACCUUUGAGCAACACCUCGGCGAAGCUGUUUUUAUCCCUGCAGGUUGUCCUCACCAAGUGAGGAAUAGACAGUCUUGCAUAAAGGUGGCUCUAGAUUUUGUUGCUCCUGAAAGCGUAGAGGAAUGCCUUAGGCUAACACAAGAGUUUCGGAGAUUGCCAAAAGACCACAGAUCCAACGAAGAUAAGUUAGAGGUUAAGAAAAUAGUGCUACAUGCUGCGAGCUCAGCCAUAAGAGAGGCAAAAGAUAUAAUGCAAAAGCCCAAUGACACAGUGAAGCUACCAGAAGACGCCUUGGUUUGCUCUUCUAAUUAGACAUCAAGCUCUACAUUGUAAGGUUUGGUUUGUACUCUGUAACAUUAUUGUAGUUGUAAACUAUUCCUUCGCAUUUAGAAUCAACGUGUUGCUUUAGAUACUCUGGUUCGUACAAGAUCUUUCUAAAAUCAAGCUA